GGGGAAGGAGUUGGGAAAGGGAAGAUUGCAUUGCAGGACAGCUUUCCCUGUCCACCAUUUGGAGCUAAUGCAACUGAGUCCCUUGUCUGCUUUUCUCCCAAAGAGCAGGGUCCAGUGAUUGACAGAGUGAAAGGAGAAGCUGCAUCCUGAGAAUUAAGACCUGUGCAGUGUAAACAUCUUCGUGUCACCAUGAUUCUGCAUCCUCAGGUGGUGGCCUUAGGUCUCCUUCUUCUCCAGACAGGUGCUGUAUUUGCUAACCAAGUGGAUACCAUGGAGGGUGAGACGGUCACUCUACCCUGCAGCUACUCAGUGAGAAACAGGAGAACCCUACCCAUGUGCUGGGACCGAGGACCCUGUUCCUCUUCUAGAUGCUCCCGCACACUCAUCAAGACGGAUGGACACCGAGUGACCUAUCGGAAGGACAGCCGCUAUUGGCUCCAUGGGAAGAUUAGUCAAGGAGAUGUGUCCCUCACCAUUCAGAAUGUGACCGAGGGUGACAGUGGCCUGUACUGUUGCCACACUGAGUUUCUGAGAUGGUUCAGUCGUAGCAAAAAAACGGUGCAGCUCAGUGUUUUGCCAGCUGGGACCACAAGUGUUCCCACAUCAGCCAGUGUCUCCACUUCUCCUCAAACUACAGAGCAGACGCAGAGCAACGAAACAGAAAGUUCUCUACUUGUUCCAACCCAAGCGGUAGGAACCCAGCAUACAACCCUGCAAGAAACAAGACCUCAGCCUGUCACCUCCACCAUGGAUUCACGGCCAUCAGAUGGGAAUGGCACAGUGACACAGUCUGCAGGUGGACUGAAUAAUCGAAAUGUGCUUCUCCUGGAAGAAGUCUAUAUGGGAGUCCUUGUUAUUACCGUGGCUUUGUUAGGUAUUGUGGUUGUCAUCAUUAUCACAAGCCACCUAGACUAUUUCAACAGCAGAGUGAAGAUGAAGACACUAAGCAAGGUUUGGGAGACUCAUCCUCAAUAUCAAGUUUUACAAGAGCAAGAUCUGGCAGGAAACAAAGACUGUGUCAUCGAGAGUAAACUUUGAAACACAGAUUAAGACAGGUGACUGCAAAGGACACGGACCAUGCAUCACUACGUUCAAUCCUUUCGAUUCCUGGAUCAUUUUUCUGCAUAACUUAUAUCUGUAUUUGCAAUGAAUCAGUGCUGUUGGAUAGAGUAACUCUUGGGGCCAAAGCCUUUAUGGUCAAAUUCAUUGUUACUAUAGUCCUGAUCAUUAUGCUGAGACUGGCCUGGUCUCUGCAGGCACUGCAGAGUUCUCUGUGAAGUAUGAAUACCUCACAGUUUUGUCUUUUCUUUAGACUCCAAAAUCCUUCUAUCCAUCAAAGAAAGUAAUCAGGGUAACACAAUAAAUGAGCCCAACACAACUGUCAAAAGCAAUAAGUUUUAAAAAGCAAAAUAUCCAAUUUGAGGCUUUUGGUGUGUUUUGUGAUUACUGGUUGCUUUUAUAACUCCAAAUGGGAAGUUUCAUAUGUUUGUAAGAGUAAAUCAUGUGAAUAUGCAGAUUUUUGCUUCUCUUAUGAGGAAGCAGAAGAGAGUCCACUUUUGUUGUUAUAGGUAUAGAUGUUUACUCUGUGUGAUCUUUGGACCAGUGGUUGUUUCAGCUGUCAGAUGAAUUUACAGUGCUGAGUAGGAACCAAGCAGGCACCAGGGAAGACAAGCACUUGCCAUGUGGCUCAUCACACUUAGGCUGUGUGUGAUACCAGCCUUGUGCCACGGCACUGCAAACUGCCAGGCUCUUGAAGUACGUUUCAGAGUGAGGCAGGGAAGCAAUGAGUGAGGGAGAA